GUCAGCAUUACCACUUGUACUACCGAGGCAUAGAACAAUAAGAGUGAAUGAGACGUCGCUUUCUAACAUCACAUCGUUACUGGUAAGUGAUUUAUUGUGGUGCAAAAUUAAACAAAAAGGCAGUAGACAACUUUUUAACUAAAUCGUAAUUUUCUCUCAUAGGUUACAUUUCUUAUUUUUAACUUUUUAUGAUAGUAUUUAAAAUGUUAUGGUGUGUUUUCUUUAAUUGAUAUCUUUCUGGUUCUUCGUAGCAAACAUGGACGAGGCAUUUACUUCCACGACGACCACAGACUUUGAUUACUCUGGGACUGUAAGUAUGCACUUAUUUAAUAUAAUACCUACCUACGAUAACAGAAAAAAAAACAAAAAAACAAAUGCAAGAAAAAUGAUAAUGUCCAAAAGAAGCACUUCUGAAAUAGUUGACAGGACUUAACGCAUAGAUCUAUACUUUCACUCAUGUGUUUUUUUAUGCAUUUAACGUGUGUUUAUGAAAUUUAAGUCUAAAAUACACUAAGAUGUAAAACUUUAAGCUCUUUUUUUCUGGACCAAACAUUUGACUUGUGAUAUACUUUUCUUUAGAAGACUUGUGGUGUAACUCAGACCAUGUAGUUAAAGAGUCGCCUUGCUAAAGUUUUUGUUUUUUUGUAAAAAGGGUAGGCAAAAUAAGCAUGAGCUUCAGCCUACAUCUUUUCGAUUAGCUUUAUGAUGCUUUUGAAAUUUACUAUGUAUCUGUUGUGGGUGGAUUUUAAAUGCUAAUCGAAUAAAAUAAUUGAAUUAAAAAUUAAUUGAAUUACUUUUCAUUAUUAUUCCUAAAAUUCAGGAUUUUCUUAUGCUCCAGGUAUAACAGACUUAUCUUUAACAGACAUCUACAUGUUACUCAAAUGCCACAGAGCCCUAUCAGCUGCAUCAUAUUUUCCACUGUUUGUGUAAACCUUACCCCCCCACACCACCUUUCUGUUUAUCUCUGCCCUACAUCUAAACCUGAUGCUUCCUGGGUUCUGCUGCAGGGGCCUCUUUCUGGAGCCCCUCAGGAUCGUUUACACCCCCUCUCAGGCUUGGAUGGCUGCAGGAAGCUGUGCAGUGGUGUGGUUUCUCCUGCACAGACACAACACCUGCACCUGAAAGCCUCCUUUUUUUUUCUUCUUUUUUUUUUGCACGCUUUGGUUAGCUCGUACGUCACAGACAGCGUUUGAUGUGACACCACUAGUAGCACUUAAUGGUUCGAAACCCUGACAGCGCUCAGCGAGAAGGGUUGACACGUGCAGAAAAACAAAAAAACACAUGAUGGGAAAAGAAAACUGAGAAGAAAGUUGAUCAUAUGUUGUGUGAAACUUUUAAAGCUUUAUUAGAUGAUUAAUUUCUUGUGUUUGAUUUCAGGACGUGUCUGAUUACACAGACGAUUAUGACACAGACCCAACUCAGAGCUCAGGCAUCUGUGACCGAAGUUGGGUCAGGCUGUUUCGUGGGCAGUACGAACCUCCUCUCUUCUGGAUCAUCUUCAUCCUUGGAGCUUUGGGAAACCUCCUGGUUGUCUGGAUCUACACCACUGUGCGUAACCGUCUGAAAACGAUGACUGACGUUUACCUGCUCAACCUGGCUGUGGCUGACCUCCUCUUCCUGUGCAUGCUGCCCUUCUGGGCCGUUGAUGCCAUCAAAGGCUGGGACUUUGGCCCCCACGUGUGCCGAAUGGUGUCCGCUGUCUACAAAAUCAACAUUUUCAGCAGUAUGUUCCUCCUCACCUGCAUCAGCAUAGACCGCUACAUUGCAAUUGUGCAGGUCACCAAGGCGCAGAACUUUAAGAAAAAGAGACUCUUCUACAGCAAGCUGGCCUGUCUGUUUGUCUGGUUUGUCGCUGCUCUCUUGGCCCUUCCUGAGUUCAUCUUUGCCCAGGUGAAGACCGACCGACAUGGGUACUCCUCUUGUACUAUGGUCUACUGGAGCAACAUCAACAACCGGACCAAAAUCCUCGUCCUGUCCCUGCAGAUCUGCAUGGGCUUCUUCGUCCCUCUGCUUGUCAUGGUCUUCUGUUACUCUGUAAUCAUUCACACUCUCCUGCAGGCCAGAAGCUUCGAAAAGCACAAGGCCCUGAGAGUCAUUUUUGUCGUCGUGUUCGUGUUUAUCCUCUCACAACUGCCGCACAACAGUCUGCUCAUAGUCGAGGCCACGCAGGCGGCCAACACCACCAUCACUGACUGUACAACGGUCACUCAUUUUGACAUCGCAGGACAGAUCGCGAAGAGCCUGGCGUACACUCACGCCUGCCUGAACCCGUUCCUGUAUGUCUUCAUCGGGGUUCGGUUCAGGGAAGACCUGCUGAGGAUGAUGAAGAUGUGUGUUGGAGGUGUGAGUAAAGGAGGGCUCAUUAAAUUACAGCCAGUUCCUAAACGCCCCUCUGUCAUGUCAGACACUGAAACCACUCCUGCUCUUUCAAUCUAAAAGCACAUUUUUUUUGCAUUUUUGUUCUCAUUUUCCACUCACGCAUUACAUUUUCAAACUGAAGAGCAAUAAAACAGCAGUCUAAAAUCAUUACAUCUACUAUUCUGGAAUAAUUGUAUAAAAUGUAAAUAGUGUACAUACCAUUUAUGUGUUUUUUUGACAGUUUUUCCAUGAUAUAAAGUUUGUUGUGUUCUGCUGUAAAAAGAUUUGAAUGGCAUUUUUGAUACAAAACAGUAAUUAAACAUGAAGUUCUCAAGAAG